AUGCGUGCUCGUGGCAUCAUCAACGCCAACGCUCGACCUCAUUUCCUCUACAACAAGAUCAGGUUCCAUACGUCGGAGUGCGAGGUUUUCAAGACGAGGGACAUGUAUAACCUCGAGCGACGACCGAUUAUUGGGCACUUUCAAUACGAGGAACUUGUUAAGCCUAAACGCCAUCCUGUUCCUGGCUUCUCUAAUUCUCCCGCCGAGAGACUCUCCCAGCGCCGGUUGCGCGACUUGACACCCGAUCUGUGGUUUGAGGACCCGUACUUGGUCUGCAUCCUGCUAUCCCUCGCCCAACUGCAAUGGCAGCGUCGGAAGACGACGCCAGAAGCCUUCUCUGUCCGAUUACUCGUAACCAACGCCUCCGACACGACGCACGCACACGUCUUCCAAGCCUACAUCCCCUCGAAGCUUCUCCACGCACUCGACAACCCGACCGAAGACAUAGACAACCUCGUCUGGCCAGCGAUACAGCACGUCCAGGUGGCAUUCGAACCGCACGCGAGCUUCUCGGAGCGAAUUGCAGGACAAUUACUCACUGGUCUCAAGACACGGGCUGAUGAGGAGAUGCCGCGCGGAGAGAAGCGCAAGCGUGAUGAGCUGGAUACCGAGGAGCAGACGAAGAGCGUCAAGGCCUGGGAUGGUGCUGUGCAGGUUGCAGCAGUCCCGUUGGCCAACGGGUAA